UCCGGGGGAACAUACUACACCAGAGGAAUGAAAAUAGAAAAUGUAGUUAAAAUUUCUUUGGUCGAUGACAGCUGAUUAUUGGCCAGAACUGCAGUGUGGUGCAUAUCUUCCUUCAACAUACUAAUCGUCCAAAGUAGCUAAUUAAAAGUACAGCAACAUAAGUAUGGCAGCUAGUAAAUAGUUGGUAUCGUAGCUAGCUAACUCAACUAGGACGAUGCUGAACAACCACUAAAUGAGACGUAGCGAUGUUACCUAAAAUAAACAAAAACAGUAAUAGUAGAACAUGUUAUGAAAUAUUGGUUGCAUAAUUCUGAAAAUACGUCGCAACUAACUUUAAACGUCCACCGCAUUGUUUAGUUAAGAACAAAAGUUCCAGUGCGUGGAAUACGAGUUGGCGCGAAUUAGGUGGUUAGCAAGCCAGCCAACUGUAUACUGACUUUUUGGAUAAUAAACUGGAUAACUUCGCUUCCAGAGAACUUCAUACCCUGGCGAAGAGUGAAAACACCAACUGAGGUGUCCCGAUUGAUUUGUGUGGCCACCUGCAUUCACCAUGGCGGGAAGGGGUCGCGGCCGAGGCCGGGGUCAGCUAAGCUUCAACAUGGAGGCUGUAGGAAUUGGAAAAGGGGAGAACCUUCCCCCCUCGACUCUUCAACCCACCCCACUUUUUCCCCCCAUGGACCACAAGCCCAUUCCCCUUCAGACGAGCGAGGAGGCCGAGUACAUGCUGGCGCUGAAGCAGGAGCUGAGGGGUGCCAUGAAGAGCCUGCCCUUCUACAUCAGGCCGGCCGCGCCCAAAAAAGAUGUUGAGCGCUACUCCGACAAGUACCAGAGUUCAGAGCCAACCGACAACACCAUUGAAUGGGAUCCUGACUGGAAAAGACUACCCAGAGAGCUGCGGAUCAGAGUUAGGAAGCCGCUGAAAGAGAAGGCUCCAACAGUUCCUAGGCCCAGCAAGCAGACUCAUGUGGACAAAGAGGAGAUUAUCCGCAAACUGGAGACACUUGAAAAGAAAGAAGAAGUGAGCUCUGAUGAAGAAGGGGAGAAGAGGAAGAAGCAGGAUGAGGAAGAGCAGGAGGGCGAAGAAGAGUAUGAUGAAGAAGAGUUUGAAGAGGAGACAGACUACAUCAUGUCAUACUUUGACAAUGGGGAGGAAUUUGGUGGAGACAGCGAUGACAACAUGGACGAAGCCAUUUAUUGAGGAACAACGUGGCUGAACCACCAAGAGAACUAAAUAAUGUACAACAGCCUUUCAUCUGAAGGUGUGGGCCAGACUAAGAGAGGCCAAUGCUUCAGUCCAUCACAGAGAUCUGCGGAUACUAGAGAAACCAGAAGCCAGAGUAUUUUCAUCAUUCAGUCUUGGAUCGUUUGGACCGUGAUUGUAUAGUACUAAAAACUCUGUUGGUCCUCAUUUUCUCACGGCAGUGGCCCAAAUGUAGAGUUCUUUUAGUGAUCACCCAGCACUUUUUGAUGUAGUGUAGACCAGAAUAACUUCUCAUUUUAAGUCUGAAACAGUUUCUUCAUUUUUCAAAGUGUCUUUACAAUUUUACUCUUUUAUAGCAAACAUUUUAAGGAGCAUUUUUAGAGGCUACUUCAAUUUUAAUGAUGAUGAAGGUUUUAUUUAAAAUAUUCAUGGCCUUAAAAUUGGACCAUGCAGUAUUACAGUUUUUUAGUUGUUGUUGUUCAGUUGUUACAUCUGUUGAUUUCAGCUUUUCUAUGUAGUUUUAACUAUUUUUAAAAUUAUAUUUUUAAAGACUACUGUAAAUGUAAAAAAAAAAAAAAAAGUAAAUGUUUCCCAUGUUUCUCUGCUGAGGGGAAAAAAGAUCACUGAAAUCCAAUUGGAUAUUUUGUUUUAUUUCAUGGUUUGAUGGUUGAGAUUAGUUUUUCACAAAUGUCCAGUAGGUGGAGUGUUUUAACUUAUCUUUCACUACCAUGAUUUUCAUAUUAAAUUUCCAUGUGAGGUGUGAACGCUCAGUAUAUGGGCAAGUAAAUAUUUUCAAUGUAAUUUCAUGUGACACUGUGGAGUAGAGGAUUGAGGCGCAUGUUGGCUGGGAUUUGACCGUUCAGACAUGACCCAAACACUCCACUUUGUGAAUGUUUGGCUGAUAUUCUUUCUGCAUUAACAGGAGAAAGAGGUUGGUUGUCCCUGCCUGCUUUUAGCCACCAGAGGGACUCCACUAUUUUUUCAAAUAAUUGUCCAAUUCAGGCAUGGCAGGCACUGGAGUUUUAGUCCGGGGGAAUGCAUGCAAAUCUGAAAUAUUCCAACAGGUGCAGGAUAAAAAAUAGUUAGUAUAGAAGAGAGAUUAUACCCGCACACUGUUUUAUCUGCUCCCAAAGUGAUUUAAUGGUAGAACGUUUCGACCUCAAAGGUCUUCGUCAGUUACAUAAACCCUAUAGGCACUGGAGUUUUCCCCCUGUAUUAUGUCACAGUGAUGUGCAUAAAGCUGUAGCAUACUGAAUGUUCCAGUACACAGUGUUAAUAUGGACUAUAUUAGGGCCAUAUGGAGAAUGGUUGAUCGGAACCAUUCUCCAUAUGCUCCAGUGCUUCUUAUAAAAGGCUGUAUUGUUAUGUCUACAUUUGUGUGUAUGGGCUGAUGAAAAAUAUAUUUUUUAAAACAUUUAACUUACAUAAACA